GCGUCUACGAUUUGUUUCGAAAAAGGUCGUCACUCGUCUUCAAUGACUUAGCGAUUAUACAAAAUUACAAAGAAAAGUGUAUUUGUGUUGUGUGAUAUUAUUACACUUUUUACAAGUAAAAUACAUAUUAUACAUAAUGGCCGGAGCGAUGUUAUUCGAGAGAUCGGGCGUACCGUCUUCGAAUCAAGACAAGGACCGCAUGAACGAUAAAAUGGUUAGCACGGGAGAAAUGCCCGAGGAUGACGAGGAAAAUAUCAGGGCAAAGGAGCAGGGAAUACUCAAUCUCGGUGAAAAAUACAAAAAGGAGGGAAAAGCCAAAGAAUUGGCGGAACUUAUCAAAGCCACACGUCCAUUUCUCAGCCUGAUAAGCAAGGCGAAGGCGGCGAAGCUCGUCCGCUCGCUUGUCGAUUUCUUCCUCGAUCUAGAGGCGGGUAUCGGCAUCGAGGUACAACUCUGCAAGGAGUGUAUAGAAUGGGCGAAGGAGGAGCGUCGAACGUUCCUCAGGCAGUCCCUGGAGGCCAGACUCAUCGCUCUUUACUUCGACACAGGUAUGUACACAGAGGCCCUCGACCUGGCCACCGCCCUGCUAAAAGAACUGAAGAAGUUAGAUGACAAGAAUUUACUAGUUGAGGUUUUGUUGUUCGAGAGCAAAACCUACCAUGCCCUUAGCAAUUUGCCCAAAGCUCGAGCCUCCUUAACGUCUGCGAGGACCACCGCCAACGCCAUUUACUGUCCGCCCAAAAUGCAGGCGGCGCUGGACUUACAAUCUGGUAUACUUCAUGCGGCCGACGAGAGAGACUUCAAAACUGCUUACUCAUACUUCUAUGAGGCCUUCGAAGGUUACGACGGAGCCGAUAGUCCCAAGGCGCUCACCGCUUUGAAAUAUAUGUUGCUGUCCAAAAUUAUGCUUAAUCAAGCAGAGGAAGUGGGAACAAUAUGUGGAAGCAAAACGGCACUCAAGUACGCCGGACAAGAAUUGGAAGCCAUGAGAGCGGUCGCUACUGCAUCACAUAAAAGAUCACUGGCAGACUUCCAGGCCGCACUCAAGACAUACAAACGAGAGCUGGAAGAAGAUGCAGUGGUCCGAGCGCAUCUCGGUGCUCUCUAUGACACAAUGUUGGAGCAGAACCUGUGUCGUAUUGUUGAGCCUUACAUGCGUGUGCAAGUGGAGCAUGUGGCCAAAUGCAUCCGUCUCCCUGUGGUGCAAGUUGAAAAGAAACUGUCCCAAAUGAUCCUGGAUAAGAAAUUAAAUGGCAUUCUGGACCAAGGUGAAGGAGUCCUGAUUGUGUUCGAUGAAUCCCCUCUGGAGAAAACCUACGAGACCGUUUUGGAGACGAUACAUCAUAUGAGCAAAGUGGUGGACACGCUGUAUCAGAAAGCUAAAAAACUCUCUUAGGCAAGUGUAAAAUUGUUGUAGCAUUUAAAGUAUAAUAUAUAAAAAAUAACCUUUAAAUCUUCAGUUGAUAUAAUUAUUGUAAAUGACAACUAUUUUUGAAGAAUGCAGACUUCUUUAUCAAACACCAAUUAAUAUUUGGAGCAAUAUGUACAACGGAUGUUAGAUUAUAAAACUUUAACCUUUUUUUAAUCGACUAAACGGUUUCAGCUCUAUAUUAUACUAAUUUUGAUUAAUUUUUUAACAUUUAAGCUAGUGAAAAAUUAUAAUAUUCUGUUUUAUUGAGAAUUAAAGGUGUUCUCCCAA